AUGACGUCAUCUACGGUGACACCGAUCUCGUACGACCUCUACAGCAGCAACAACAACUACAACCAGCCGUACAGCCAGUCCUCCAUCAUGUCCGCCAUUCUUUACAGCACCGCCGGCGCCCUCAACAUCACCAUGACAACGACGACGACCACUGACGACGACGGCGGCAACGCGUUCAACACGAGCACGACGCCGUUCGAGAGCAGCGUGCACGACAUCAAAUACAACUUCCUCGUCAGGCGCGUCGUCCUCUUCGUGCAGAUCAUCUUCGGAAUCCUAGGGGCGGUCCUGGUCUUCAUCUGGGUGGUGUACAACCGCCACCUCCGGUCGCGGGUGAACACGCUCAUUCUGAACCUGUGCAUUGCGGAUCUUCUUGUUAUUCUGCUCGGCAUGCUCCCGCAGCUCGUGUGGGAGUACGUGGAGCGGGAGUGGCUGGCCGGUGACGUCAUGUGCAGAGUGAUCAAGUUCCUGCAGGGAUUCUCCAUGGUGUCGUCCGGCAACAUGCUGGUGGUGAUCGCGCUAGACCGGCACCAGGCGAUUAGGGCGCCGCUACGGGAACCAGUCGCGGUAUGGAUCAUGACAGGGAUAGGCUGGGGCGUGUCCGUCCUCACGGCGUUGCCCAUGUUUUUCGUCUUCCACACGCGCUACGACCCCAGGGACAAGUUCGUCAAGUGCGAGAACACGUUCCGCGACAAGCCGGACUCACACCGCCAGGCGUUCCUGACGUACGCGGGCAUCAUCAACUUCCUCAUCCCGCUCGUCAUCCUCGUCGUCUGCUACGUCCGCAUCUUCAUGAAGAUAGCGCAGAAGGCGUCGGAGAACCGACUCUCGAAGCGACAGAACUUCAAACCCGGGAAGAUCCACCUGACGAGCACCGGAAACUCGUCGCUUCAGAAGGCGAAGAUCAAGACUCUCAAGAUGACGGUGAUAAUUGUGGCCGCGUUCAUCCUGUGCGGCCUGCCGUACUUCGUGGCCGAGAUGAUCAUGUCAUACGGAGACCACAAGACUCUGUCCAGCGACCUAUAUGGAAUUCUCGGCGGCAUCGCCGUCGCCAACUCGGCGGCCAACCCGUUCGUGUUCCUCCUUUUCAACACGAACUGGCCGUGUCUCCGCGGACUGUCCCUGUGCCCCGCCCAGUCCGAGUCGACGAAGCGCUCUUUCAUGUAUUCCACCGCCAGUACGCGGUCCGAGUUUUCCGUCGGCUAUUCUCGGGCGCGCCCGGUGGUGGCGACGGAAACGUACGAAAUGUCCAACGUUCGACCGCAUUCGAUUGUGAAAAUGCACUAG